ACCUCUGUUAUAUGGCAGGAUCUUUCAUGUUUAGAGCCCUGCUUUAAAGAUGGCAUAUUCAGCAACGUGUCUGUGUGUGUCUGUGUAUACAUGUGUACAUGUGUCUGUGUGUGCGUGCRUGCGUGCGUGUCAGCAGGUGGCUCUAAUGUCCCUUGUCUCUCCUCUCCCCAGGUAUCCAUCAGGCUGCAUUUGGUCCCUGAGCUCUGAGGGUUCAGUGACAGGACAUCCUCUCAGAGUGCAGUGGACUACCUGAUGGGCCCUGUGAUCCACCAAGAGGACCUGUAAUCAAGUGAGAAGGAACUGUGAUCCGGUGAGGUGUCCAGUAAUCCAUCUGCUGUGAUUCACUGAGGACUCUAUUGAGAUCCACUCAAGGUUUCCAGAGAGAAAGAACGGUGUUCCACUGAGAGUUCCAGUGAUAUAGCUUGUGUCCUGGUAGAGUUCUCUGGUGAGCGUGUCUGUCAGGCUGGGAGGAUCAGGAUGCYAGAGCUGGAGGACUUCCCUCCGUCGCGGGGUGGCCAGCUGGCCGGUCCCGACCCUGCUCAGAUCCAGCGCAGUGUUCUGGAUGAACAGGUGGAGCUGUGGUGGUUCCGGGACCCAGCCAAGUCUCUGCUGUGCUACUGUGUGGCGGUCCUCCUCAUCCUGGGCUGCGGCCUGGGUGGCGUGCUCCUCCUCUCCACCACCACCAGUUUCUCCAGUGACUGGCGCAUGGGAGCGGGCAUGGCCCUGUGUCUCUUAGCCCUGGCCGUCCUCCUCAAACAGCUCAUGAGCUCGGCCGUGCAGGACAUGAACUGUGUGCGGAGUCGCAGGCGGAUCGAUAUCCUUAAGAGCGGAGGGCUGUCGGAUCUGUUAGUGGUUCUCAUCACAGGGCUGUGUCUGGUGGUCUGUGGGGCUGUACUGCUGAAGCUGGCACUAGAACACCACAUGCCCAAGCCUGGCGUAGCCCUUAAUGAUAUGUACAUCUCUGGGGUGGUGUUGUUAGCUGGAGGGGGGGCAGCGGUAGUGGGGGUAGGGGUGUACACAGGGGUGGUGAUGCUGCUGGAGAGGACCAGGCCGGGCCAGAGGUUUAGGGACAGGGCUGUGGGGCUGUUCACUAUCUCUGGACGACACAUGGACCAGGGUAGGAGGGAGACCACCUCUAGCCUGGCUAACCUCAUCUGACCUGACCACCAGAGACAUGGGAUGGGACAGGUAGCCCAGACAGGAGAUGACUGCGACACUCAUAUGGCCCAGAUUUGAUCUGUGGGAGAUGCGCAUUGGGGGAGGGUUGGAGCUUAUUGGCCAGCUCUGGUUUGAGGUAUGUGGCCUUGUAGUUUCUGGGCCACGUUUGUUCUGAAUGUGGGCCACAUCCACCUUGCUGUCAGGGAGGGACCAAUGGACAUCACUUUUGAAAAUGGCAUUUUAGCAUAAUGGCCUUCUUGGAAAGCCACUAUAUGUUCAAUGAGUUGUUGAUUACCACAGCAAUGGACUUUUGCAGGAUCAUGAAAUAGCAUGAGGAAUACAGAGCUGUGUCAACACAUUCUAUUUUUAUGGUUCAAGCAUGGGCCAUUUUAUGAGCCCAGCAGAGCACCAUUCUAUGAUGUGGAAUGAAGAGAAUACCAGUGACUGCACAGACACCAGACACUGAACACAGUGCAGAGAUAAUGAUUCAUAAUGUGUCCAAUGUAAUAAUAAUAAUAUCAUCCACUACAAAGCAGCAGGUGAAAAAGCUGCUGUAAGGAAUAAUCAUAUCAUAGAAUAAUGUACCCAGCAUCUCCAAACUUAAUCAAAGUGAUCAAUGACACAUUUUGUCACCUUUUCAUGUCACAGGUUUACAGCAGUGUUGGGUGGUCAAAGGCCUCCAUAAGCAAGCUGUGUCAUCACUCACUUUGCUUUGCAACGCUUACCAAGAAUCUGAGGAGAACGUCCUGCAUUGUUGCCAUGGUUAAAGGGUACAAUGUGGUUUCAUUAAACAAAGCGUCUAUGUGCUUGGAUGCUGUUCUUGGAUUUAAGUUKCUGUGUGUUUGUGUGUGUGUGUCUGGCCCUCGCACCUCCUUAUCAGGCAGUGCAUGUGAGCGGCCUGUUGCUCAGAGACAAUAGGGGUCACUGAGGCGGCCAUUGUUGUUGUACUGAUGGUUGGGCACUGGGACAAUGGACAGGCUGUGGAUCGUAAAAGGGCUGGCAUCGCCCAGUACGGCUCACCCUUACCACCCUCUCUCUCUCACACACACACACACACACACACACACACACACACAGCAUCGGCAGUGACUGUGCAAUGAGCCAGUACAGCGUGCAAUCCCUAAUUGACAAGGGACUGUUCUUGGUCUCUGCUGUGCACUGCUAUGCAGGACAUGCCUUCUAGGUGGUGCCAGGUAUGUUUGUGUACGUAUGAUAGAGAGACGACAGCCACAAACAGUGAUGAGAGAGAAGCCAGACAGUGAGAGAGAGAGAAGAGCUACAGA